AUGACUACAGAUGAAACCAUUCUAGAUGAGCUUCUAACCAAACUUGAAUCUUCAUCAACACUACAUGCAAAAAAAGACGACGAUGAUGAUAGAAUUUGCUGCCCUAAAGAAAAAUUUCAUGAAGUUGAUGGUGGUGCUGCAUUAUACAAUGAUGGUCUCCUAGCAAAAUACUGUUUUCGUGCGUUAUCAAAAUAUCCAAUUAUUUAUGGUUAUAAACGAUAUUCUUAUGGAACACAUCAGAUUCGUUUUCAAAUUGAAAAACGAGGAGAUUUACGUUCAUUUUUUGGAAUAAUGAGUUCAUUAGACAAAGUAAGCAGAGUCAUAUCAACAGACUUAGAUAAUAGAUCUCUGUAUGGAUGGUGGGAACUUAAUAGUAUUGUUACGAAUGGUAAAGUUAAAAGAAGUAAAGAAAAAAAUGAUAUUGAAAAAAAUGAUGAAUUAACAUUAACAUUAAAAUGUGAUCAACAACAGAUAGAAUUAGAACAUCAUCGCACUAAACGUUUAUUAAAGCUAUCAGUUGAUAUUCUAUUAUGUCCGUUUCCUUGGAAAAUAGUUGUUGAACUACCUACUUAUGGUGAAUAUGUACGCAUUGUUCAAUAG